GCUCCCACUGAGUCCUCCACAGGAGUCGGUUGUGUGCCUCUCAACCCCGAUGAUCUCCUGACUUCUGAACAAUACCAGGGACCUCCGGAGAGUCUCCUCCCUGAUGACUCUGCUGCUCUCAUUUCCUGGAGGGACUCUGGCCAUGGCUUGGCUCCUGCUUCUGCUGCUGCCAGCAGUGUGUCUGCAAGCUGGGAACUCAGCAGGAUCCAACACAGAAAAUACCAAUGGGGUGAACCAGCCAGCACAUGUCUCUGGUGUCCAGGGCGGCAUCAUAGAGAUCCCAUUCUCCUUCUACUUCCCCUGGAAGUUGGCAGAGGAUCCUCAGCUGAGAAUAACCUGGAGAUGGAAGCACUUCCAUGUGGGAUUUAUCUACAACUCCACCCCGCUUUUCAUACACAAGCAUUUCAAGAACAGGCUCAUCCUGAACUGGACACCGGGUCAGACAUCCGGAGUCCUCAGAAUCCUGAACCUUCAGGAAGAUGACCAGACCUCAUAUUUUUGUAAAGUUUUUCUGCUGACGACAGAAGGCAGGAAGUUUUGGCAGUCGAUUGAAGGGACCCAACUCACCAUGAUACCUG